UCACAGUAAAUAAUAAUAAUAAUAAUGCGUUAAAAUAAUUAAUUAAAUAAAUUAUCCUUGCUGGAUAAGCUAUUCUAAUAAUACUUCUUCUCCGACUAUAAGUCUACGUAGCUCCCAACUCUGCACCUAUAUAAACCCCCUUCUGCCUUCUUCUAUCCUCCAUCUUUCAACACACGCAUAUACACACACAUAUACGUAUAUACUUUCGAAUUACGAUAGCAAUGGCGGCUACCAAUAACAGCGGUUCCAGUAACGGUCUGAUCGUCAGCUUCGGCGAGAUGCUGAUCGAUUUCGUGCCCACGGUUUCCGGCGUGUCUCUGGCGGAGGCGCCUGGAUUUAUCAAGGCUCCAGGCGGCGCGCCGGCCAAUGUUGCCAUAGCGGUGACGAGGUUGGGCGGAAACGCCGCGUUCGUCGGCAAGCUAGGCGACGACGAGUUCGGCCAGAUGCUCGCGGGAAUCCUGAGGGAGAACGGCGUUUCAGCCGACGGCGUGAAUUUCGACAAGGACGCGAGGACGGCGCUGGCGUUCGUCACCCUACGCGCCGACGGAGAGCGUGAGUUCAUGUUCUACAGGAAUCCGAGUGCUGAUAUGCUGCUCACCCCCGACGAGUUGAAUCUCGAUCUCAUCAGAUCUGCAAAAGUGUUCCAUUAUGGAUCAAUAAGCUUGAUAGUGGAGCCAUGUAGAUCAGCCCAUCUGAAAGCAAUGGAGGUGGCAAAAGCCGCCGGAGCACUCCUCUCGUAUGACCCAAACCUCCGCCUGCCGCUCUGGUCCUCCGCCGAGGAAGCUCGUAAACAGAUUUUGAGCAUAUGGAAUCAGGCUGAGGUCAUCAAAGUCAGCGACGAAGAACUCCAAUUCCUCACCCAAAACGACAAUAUCGACGAUGAAUCCGCAAUGUCUCUGUGGCACGACAAUCUGAAGCUCCUCCUAGUUACCCUUGGGGACAAGGGUUGCAGAUACUACACCAAGAACUUCCGUGGAGCUGUGGAUGCGUACCGUGUGAAGACAGUGGAUACAACUGGAGCUGGAGAUUCUUUCGUUGGAGCACUCCUGUAUAAGAUUGUCGAUGACCAAGCGAUAAUCGAGGAUGAAUCGAGAUUGAAGGAAGUGCUUAAAUAUGCAUGUGCCUGUGGAGCUAUCACCACUACUAAGAAGGGUGCAAUCCCAGCUCUUCCUACUCCGUCUCAAGUCCUCACCGUUCUCAAUGGGACUGCGACCGAGUAAACGCGCGCGCCGUUCUUAGUAUAGCUUUCCUUAGUUUCUUUAGGUUAAAUUUACACUGUUUUUUCAAUUUUCUUUAGGUUUUUAGAAUUUUACUUUUUUUGCAGAGUUAAUGAAAAUUUCUUUGGAGUUCUAAUCAU